AAUAUCAGCAACUCCAGAAAACCUGUAAAACUAACCUAAAACCCUAAAGUCUAAACCCUCAUUUCUUCUCUUUUUUCACGUCUCCACAUCUGAGCUGAAAUCCAUCCAUUUUUUUGCAGCAAAAAAAUGUCAUUUUCUCGCUCCAUUCGAUUUGUUCGUCAACUCUCUACUUCAUCAUCUUCCUCCAUUUCCAUAUCCAAAGCAAAAUUCAAGCUUCGAACAGAGCACGACCCAGAUAAAGCUUUACACAUCUACUCCUCUGUUUCAGACCAUUACACUUCCCCUGUUUCCUCUCGUUACGCCCAAGAACUCACUGUUCAACGUCUCGCCAAAGCUCAUCGUUUUAAUGACAUUGAAUCCCUAAUUGAAUCCCACAAAAAAAGCCCCAAAAUUACGCAAGAGCCUUUUUUGUGUUCUUUGAUAAGGUGUUAUGGGAAAGCAGGUAUGUUUGAUCAUGCCCUUAAUACUUAUAAUCAAAUGGAGGAACUGGGUACUCCCAGAUCAACGCUUUCUUUUAAUGCUUUGCUUACUGCUUGUAAUCAUUCUAGAUUGUUUGAUAAUGUACCCCAACUGUUCGAUGAAAUGCCUAAGAGAUAUGGUUUUGUUCCCGAUAAGGUUUCGUAUGGGAUUUUGAUUAAGUCUUUUUGUGAGAAGGGUGAUCCUGAAUUGGCUUUGAAAACUUUGGAGGCGAUGGAGGGGAAGGGUGUUGAGGUUACUGCUGUGAGUUAUACUACUGUAUUGGAUUCGUUUUAUAAGAAGGGGAAAUGUGAUGAGGCGGAGGAUGUUUGGAAUGAGAUGUUGAAGAAGGGGUGUGUGAUUGAUGUUGCGGCGUAUAAUGUUAGGAUAGGUCACGCGCAAGGCGGUGAGCCGGAGGAUGUGAAGAGGUUGAUUGAAGAUAUGGGUGCUGUAGGUUUGAGACCAGACACCAUUAGUUAUAAUUAUUUGUUGACUAGUUAUUGUAGAAGUGGGAGGAUGGAUGAGGCUAUGAAGCUUUACCAAGAGUUGGAGUCUAGUGGGUUUAAGCCCAAAGCUGCAACGUUUAGAACUUUGAUUCAUUAUUUGUGUAAGAAUGAAGAUUUUGGGACGGGUUAUGAUGUGUUCAAGCGGAGCGUUUUCCACAACAAGAUUCCUGAUUUCGCGACUUUGAAAGUUUUGGUGGAAGGGUUGGUGGCAAAGAAUGAAAGGAAGGAUGCAAAGGGGUUGAUUCGGACCGUUAAGAAGAAGUUCCCACCUAAUGUUUUGAAUGCUUGGAAGAAAGUUGAGCUAGAACUUGGUUUGAGCUCUGAAGAAUCUUCCCCUGGUACUCUUGAAGUGGAAGAGGCCGCCAGAUAGUAGUGAUCUUCAUGUGACGUUAAAGGAAUAUGUUUGGUGUCUGGCAAGAGCAUAUGCAAAUCUUCAUGUGACCUUUGUGGAAGGACACGACAAAUUGGGCUCCAACUAUGGUGAAAUAACUGCGCGGAUCCAUUGAUGUCUGGAGAACCCGAGAUGGCAUCGGUUUGGAAACAGACGACUGCUGUGAUUUUUGGCCCAUGUUUGUAUUUGCUUUCUCAUUUCCUUUGACAGAAUAGGAUUUGACUAUGUCUGUUUGAUACCUCAAAUUUAUGAUUAGAGGCUUUUAGUAAUUUGAAAUUUUGAAGUCCAUUUAUACUGUACAAUCAUUGUCAUUUUUUGUAGGGCAAUGCAAUAUUUCCAUUGUUAUCUUUUCCCACAUUGCUUCGUAUCAUAUAUUGAAUAUUAUUGGAGUUCAUUUUCUA